AUGGUGGAGAAGCUUGAUACGAAGAGGAAAUGGCUGUGGCAUGAAAGCAACACAGAUUCACCAGUUGUUUUAGCUCCAAAAUAUAAAGAUGGGUCUCCUUCUGCUUCUGCUUCACUUGGGGCUUCUUCUGGUGGUGGCCGCGGACCUCUCUCUUCCACCUCUGAUCUAGCUUCUGAAAGGCAGGCUGGGAAUCAUCUUGAGGGGAUUCCAUUUUACGGCCCAAGGAGUGAUAUUUCUGGUCCUGAGAUAAGCAACAGAUUAGCUGGAAGUAAGCGGAGCAAUUCCGAUUCUGCCUUUACGGGACCAAGGGAUGGGGUUCCACAAAUGGCUCAUGAUUCCACUGAGAGCCUGCAUUUGAUGAAGAUGCUAAAAAAUGGAGGUGGUGGAGAGUGGACUAGAAGGUCUAAUGAUGAUGAGGUUUUCUAUGGCAUGCAGUCAAAGAGGCCGAGUUCUGCAUCUCUCUCACUGCAACCUUCUGCUGGCAAUAGACUUGAUGCCAAUGUUUCCAAAUGGGAGCGAUCCAUUCCCAUGGGAGUAGGCGCAUAUCCUACUCGUGGUGGCCAAUUUGUUCCUUUUACUCAUCAAGUUCCCACAAACAGAUUCAGAGAUACUAAUGCUGGUCCUUCAGUUAUCUCUCAAUCUGCUGCUGAUGAAGGUUCCAGAACUGGAAUUAAAGGCCCCGGUAUUCUGAGUUCUAUAAAUGCUGGCAGCGGUAUUUCUGAGAAAAAUUCAUCUGGAGGGCUGUGUAGUGGCGGCAAACCAAAGAUUGGGAUUCAUAUUUCAGAGCCAGAAUCUUCAACUCCUGCAAGUCAGAAGGGUUUAACAUCUGCCAGUCGCCAGAUGACUAUAUUUUAUGGUGGUCAAGCUCAUGUUUUUGAUGAUGUCCACCCAAACAAGGCGGAUGUUAUAAUGGCCCUAGCUGGUUCGAACGGAGGAUCAUGGUCAACAACCUACUCACCAAAACCUACUGCAAGGCAGGGCAGUGAAAGUAUCAUGACCAGCAAUGAAUAUGAAGGAGCUGUGGCCGCUAACACGCCAUUCCCACGUGAAUUUCGCGGGAGGACAUUUGUCACUGGCAAUGCUACUCAUGCAGUCGGCUCUGGUGAUCGAAUCUCUACACCAGCAGGAGGGCAUCAUGGCAGCAGCAUUAUAAUAGCUAAAGAGACAAGAAACCUGGUUCAGGCAAGAGAACCCAGUAAUGAGGAUAAAUGAGAGGUCUAAAGUUGAGAAUCUGAACAGCGUAAUCAUUGUUUUAGAUAACAGCCUCUCUAGGAGAGUGAGCUCUCAUUUUUCUAGUCUCUCUUAAAGCUCCAUUCUUUUGCCCUUUUUUUUUUUUUUCCCUGAAAUAGAGCAAGGGGAAGGAGGGGUUCUCAUUCAUGUAUAGGGAACUUAUAUGAAGUAUCAGAAUCAUAGUCAGAUGCAGCCAUGGCCUGGCUUUUGAUAUAUAUAUCUAGGUUGUUUAUCCA